ACUUAUAUCUUCUUGGAAAUCAUUUCUUGUGAGAUCUUGGAGGGAAAAUUAAAAACGCAAAAAAAACCAAACAAAAACAAAACUAGGUUUCAUCAAAAAGAUUGAAAACACUGCCAAUAAUAACAUUCUCAUCACUUAUAUUGAUUCGGUAUCAGCGACGUCAGUGACGUCACUUUUACCUUUAACAUUUAGCAUCUUUGUGUGUUUAGCUUGAAUUAGCUUCAGUAGGCGGAACGUUCCUUCCUCGGUCUGUGUUUACCACCGGACCGGACUGAGAACUCCGCAGCACAUCAGCUCAGAGAGUUUAGUGUUACUUUGCUCAGGGCUAACUGUUAGCCCGAGUUAGCAGCCUUCACUUGACCCGGUCCGCUCCGAACUCGUUAUGCCCGCGAUGCUGCAGAGAAAUCCGGAGGCUUCGGGUAAAAGGAGAGGCCGAGCUCCACCGGGCAGUGGUCCCGGAGCAGCGGCGAACCCCGGCGGGAAGUCUCUGUCCGGUAAUGGAAGCAGCUCCUACAACUGCUGGGAAGAAGGAAGUUCAGGCUCCAGCAGCGACGACGAGCAUGCAGGAGGAGGAGGAGGAGGAGGAGGAGGAGGAGGGAUGCGGGUUGGACCGCAGUACCAGGCUGUGGUUCCGGACUUUGACCCGGAUGUGGCUGUGGUGGCUCAGCUCACAGAAAAUCCUGGAAUGUUGGUUUGGAUCCCGAACAGAAGCCUGAACCAAACUCAGUUGGAUGAAUACAUCAGCAUCGCCAAAGACAAACAUGGAUACAACAUGGAGCAGGCUCUGGGGAUGCUCUUCUGGCACAAACACAAUGUUGAAAAAUCUCUUGCUGAUUUGCCAAAUUUCACACCGUUUCCUGACGAGUGGACGGUUGAGGACCGAGUCCUGUUUGAACAGGCGUUCAGUUUCCACGGCAAGAGCUUCCACCGCAUCCAGCAGAUGUUACCUGAUAAGUCCAUGUCCAGUCUGGUUCGCUUUUAUUACUCGUGGAAAAAAAGUCGCAGUAAAACGAGUUUGAUGGAUCGACAGAGUCGUAAACACAAGAGAGAGAGAGGAGACAGUGAUAAUGAAGGUGAAGAUGGAAACAAAAAUCCUCUGAGUGACUCGGAGUUUGACGACAAGAAGGAGGUCAGUUGUGGAUUAGAGCGGUCAGAGAUCAAACCAACAGCUGGACUGAAGUCAGGUGGUAAAGCGUCUCACAAGAUGAAGAAACGUCCCCCCAGAGGAAUGUUUCUGAAACAGCAGGACGUUGCGUCUCUGUCGUCGUCCUCUGCUCAAGGACUUGUCAAAAACCUGGAAGGACAAUUGGUCUCUAUCAAGAGACAGGUUCAGAACAUCAAGCAGGUGAAUUCUGCUCUGAAGGACAAACUCAGCUCAGGAGUUGAUGAGUUCAGGCAAAAUGAGGCGACACAGAAGUUUAACUCGCGGUGGACGACAGAGGAGCAGCUUCUCGCUGUUCAAGCCAUCAGGAAGUAUGGGCGGGACUUCCAGGCGAUCUCAGAUGUAAUUGGUAACAAGUCGGUGGUCCAGGUGAAGAACUUCCUGGUGAACUACAGACGCAGAUUUAACUUGGAUGAGGUUCUUCAGGAAUGGGAGGCGGAGAAUGGAAUGGAGGGCGGAGCUGAAGGAAGCGAUCGAGGCGAGGACAUGGACAAGAUGGAAGCCUGUCCCAGUGAGGAGGACAUGAAGGAGGACUCGUCCUCUCCCGUCGACGCCCACAAUCCUCUGCCUUCCUGAGACGGCGUGACUCCGCCCCUCUUGUUUUAAUGUGUUAAACUUGUAUUGAUCAGUUGAUGAUGAGGUGAACGGAGUUCUCUGGACCAAUCACAAAUCACACCUGACCUGUCAGUCAUGCUGGUGGUGUGGGCAAAGGUGGGCGGUGCCUAUCGUACUCUGAAGCAGCCGUAUUGGAUGACAUCACUCUGGAGCUGUCGUCCUGUUUACUGGAUUUUAUGAAAAAUAAUUAAACCAAAGUGAAAAAAAACAAAA